GCCAUGUCGGUGAGAGUGCGGUUCCUGUCCCCUGGGGACGCAGGGGCCGUGGGGAUUGUGGGCCGGAGCGCCUCCUUCGCGGGCUUCAGCAGUGCGCAGAGCCGGAGGAUUGCAAAAUCCAUCAACAGGAACUCUGUGAGGUCACGGAUGCCGGCCAAACCCUCCAGGAUGUACGGGACGCUGCGGAAGGGCUCUGUCUGCCUGGACCCCAAGCCCCAGCAAGUGAAGAAAAUCUUCGGAGCGCUGAAGAGGGGCCUCGAGGAACACCUGUGUAUUCAGCAGGCCGAGCUGGAUCACCUGUCUGGACGCCACAAGGACACCCGGCGGAACUCCAGACUGGCUUUCUAUUACGACCUGGAUAAGCAAACACGCUCUGUGGAGAGGCACAUUCGGAAGAUGGAGUUUCAUAUUAGCAAGGUGGAUGAGCUCUAUGAAGGCUACUGCAUCCAGUGCCGCCUACGUGAUGGGGCCUCCAACAUGCAGCAGGCCUUCUCCAGGUGCCCGCCGAGCCGCGCCUCCCGUGAGAGCCUGCAGGAGCUGGGCCGCAGCCUGCACGAGUGCACCGAGGACAUGUGGCUCAUUGAGGGAGCUCUGGAGGUCCACCUGGGCGAGUUCCACGUCCGGAUGAAAGGCUUGGUGGGCUAUGCGAGGCUCUGUCCUGGAGACCAGUAUGAGGUGCUUAUGCGCCUGGGCCGCCAGCGCUGGAAGCUCAGGGGCCGGAUCGAGUCAGAUGACAGCCAGACCUGGGAUGAGGAGGAGAAGGCCUUCGUCCCCACCCUGCACGAGAACUUCGAGAUCAAGGUGACAGAGCUUCGGGGCCUGAGCUCGCUGGCCGUGGGCUCAGUGACCUGUGACAUUGCCGACUUCUUCACGACCCGGCCCCAGGUCAUCGUGGUGGACAUCACCGAGCUGGGCACCAUCAAGCUGCAGCUGGAGGUGCUGUGGAACCCGUUCGAUGCUGAGAGCUUCCUAGUGUCACCCAGCCCCACGAGCAAGUUGUCUCUGGGUGGCAGGAAGGGGUCCUUGUACAACUGGACCCCCCCCAGCACGCCCAGCUUCAGGGAGAGGUACUACCUGUCUGUCCUACAGCAGCCACCGCAGCAGGCCUUGCUGUUGGGUGGGCCGCGGGCCACCUCCAUCCUCAGCUACCUGUCUGACAGCGACCUUCGGGGCUCUGGCCUGCAGAGACAGAGCCAGGAGCUGCCUGAGAUGGACUCCUUCAGUUCCGAGGACCCCCGAGACACAGAGACCAGCACGUCAGCUUCCACCUCGGAUGUGGGGUUCCUGCCCUUGGCCCUUGGCCCCAAUACAUCUAUUGAAGAAGAGGCCCGUGAGGACCCCUCUUCUCUGGGCCUCCUGCCAGAGGUGGCCCAGCUGGCAGGAGGCACGUUUGUCGUGGAGCAGCCUGGGUGGAGGGACCUGGGGGUAGAAAGCUUCCACCUGCCACAGGGCUCACCACUGCACAGCCAUGCAGACCCAGGUAGCCUCGAAGGCCAGGAUGAAGAACGGCUCGAGGACGGAGUGGACAGGCCGGGUGUGGCGCUCGAGCAGCCCCUGCAGGAGGUCUUGGAGUUACUGAAGUCCACGGCCCCCGCCCAGGCCCCGCUCCGGGAGCUGGAGUACCAGGUCCUCGGCUUCAGGGACCGGCUGAAGCCCUGCGGUGCCCGCCGGGAGCACGCCUCGGCCGAGAGCUUGAUGGAGUGCAUUUUGGAGAGCUUUGCCUUCCUCCACGCAGACUUCGGCCCGGAAGAGCUGUCCCUGUUUGGGGGUCCCCCGUGAUUCUUCUCAAUCCAACUCAGAAAGGACAGGGCCCCGGCCCAGCCGCCAUCGCCAAAGGCAUCGUCCAGGGAGCUCACGGCUGGCGCCCCAGAACUGGAUGUGCUGCUAACGGCCCACCUUCAUGUCUGCAAAGCCCUGCUGCAGAAACUGGCCUCCCCUAAUUUGUCAAGGGUGGUUGAGGAGUGCCUCCUGGAAGAAGCGGUUGAGCAGAAGCAGGUUCUGGAGACACUUUCUGUGCUUGAUUUUGAGAAGGUCAGCAAGGCGACAUCCAUUGAUGACAUCAUUCCGCAGGCUUCGCGGAGGAAGGGGUGUCUGAAGUUGUGGAGAGGGUGCACGGGGCCUGGCAGGGUCCUGUCCUGCCCCGCGACAGUGCUACUGAACCAGCUGAAGAAAACCUUCCUGCACCGGGUCCGAGGGAAAUACCCAGGGCAGCUGGAAAUAGUGUGCCGCAGGCUGCUGGAGCAGGUGCUCAGCUGCGGGGGACUGCUCCCUGGGGCGGGGCCCAAGGAGGAGCAGACUGUCACCUGGUUCCAGUUCCACGGCUACCUGCAGAGGCAGAGUGUCUCUGACCUGGAGAAGCACUUCGCCCAGCUCACCAAGGAAGUGACACUAGCUGAGGAGCUGCAGUGCAUGGGACAGGCCAGGACGGUCAAGAAGCUGCAGGGGAAACGGCUGGCCCAGCUCCAGCCGCUGCCCCAGACCUUACUCGCCUGGGCCCUGCUCCAGCUGGACGGGCCCCCACGCGUGUGCAAGGUGGCCAGCGCGCGCCUGGCCAGCGCAGCCAGGAACAAAAGCUUCCGGGAAAAGGCCCUGGUCUUCUACACCGACGCCCUGACCCAGAGUGACCCCAAAGUCCAGCAAGCCGCAUGUGUGGCGCUCAGACACCUCAGGGGCAUCGAAAGCAUCGACCAGAUCGCCAGCCUGUGCCAGUCGGACCUGGAGGCGGUGCGGGCAGCAGCUCGGGAGGCCACACUGUCGUUCGGUGAAAAAGGGCGCUUGGCUUUUGAGAAGAUGGACAAAAUUAACUCCCAACAAAGAGAAGCCUUCUGCCAGGAGGCGGAUGUGGAAAUCACAGUAUUUUAA